CGAGAAAGCGAGGUCCUUUAAUUCCUCAUAUCAUCAAAAUAAAAACCCAAAUAAAAAGGGUAAAUUGUGGGUAGAAAGGGGAAACAGGAAAAUAACAGCCAAACACAAAGCCACUGCCGAUUGGCCUUUUAGAGAGAAGAAAGCCAGAGCCGCUUCGAGCUGAACUUGAACAAGUUUCCAUUUUUGUCUAUAUAUCUCUUAAUCCCCAAAACUCAACUCACUUCUCUGUCUUUCUCCAUUGGAAUCCCUCUUUCUCUCUCUCCCAAUCUGGAGCACAACAAACGGGAGUAAAUCCCGAAUCAAACCCUAGUUAUUUGCGUUUCUAGGGUUUCCGCCACUACCGAUUUCUCGAUCUGUACCUCUAAUCAUCGCCAUACAAGUUGUGAUUUUUUCCGGAUAAUUCAUGGCUACCACCGUUACUAAGGAGGCAUUGCAACCGCAGCUAGGCCCCCUUUCUUCGUCCUCGGCAGCGGAAGAUGAAUCUAUGAAGAGAAACACUGAUUGCGUAUAUUAUCUCGCUUCUCCCUUGACCUGCAAAAAGGGAAGCGAAUGUGAGUAUCGGCAUAGUGAAUAUGCUCGGAUGAACCCGACAGAUUGUUUUUACUGGAUGAAUGGAAACUGUUUGAAUCCAAAAUGCUCAUUUAGGCAUCCUCCUUUAGAUGGUUUGGUGGGAUCUCAAGUUGAUGGGCCGUCUGCUUUUGUACCGCCUGGCCCAUCUGUUCUUUCAGCUCCUCAGAAUCCAACUAAGCAAGGAGUCCCCUGCAUUUUCUUUCAGAAGGGAUAUUGCUUAAAAGCUGACAGAUGUCCUUUCAUGCAUGGUCCAAAUCUUCCUACUACCAAGAUUCAACAGGUUCCAGCCAGCACUGCUACCCCUGGAGCUCCUGCUUUCAAGAAAGCUUUUGGUAGCCUUGAAAAGUGUACACAGCCAAAAACGAAUUUCCAGACAAAUAAACCUAAUGUUGUUGAAAUGCUGCCUCAAGGUAAUGCAAUGCCAAAAAUUCAGUCUGUUCGUCCGAUGAAUGGAUCAACUGUUAGAAAAGGCUAUCUGCCUCCUAGUGGUAUGACUGAAGGGGCUCUUAAAUACGGGGAGAUGAAACUUCCCUCCGCUGACAGUGGGAUUUCCAGAAGUAGGACUGGACGUGCACAUGGUGUCUCAUAUGACGACCAGAAUUUUCAGAAUGGUAGAGAUGCUGAUGACUCGUUGAGGGAAUCCUCUCCUGGAUUUGAUGUACUUGUGGAUGAUAACAAGGAUGAAUUUUAUCACAAUGAAGAUCAGUAUGUGAAGAUGAGAGGUCAUGAUGGAAGAAAUCUGAAUGAGUUUGACAUGGGUCGUCAGGAUGAUUAUAAUUCAGUUGCUGAUGUUGACCCUGAAAUUUAUCACAAUCGACGUGCCUAUGAUUCAUUUGAUCGUUUGCCUGAGAAGUAUCCUCGGGACCAUCGUAGAAGAUCUUCAGAAAGAUCACUCGGUGAACCAGGUCAUAUGGAUAGGAGAGGUCCAUAUAAGUCGGAGAGUAUUGAUCUCAAUCAGAAUUCUGAUUUGCGUCAUCGUUUAUCUAAGCAUAGGAGGGUAAAUGGCUUGAAAUCAGUUGUUAAUUCUAAUUACAGCCUUGAUGAUCAUUCUGAGGACCGAGGGUACAGGAGUACUAGGAGGGACUCGCGCCGGUCACCUACUCGUGAGAGUUCGCGUGGCAAUCGCCUUCAGGGUAGAAUAAAGCUUCCUAGAAGAUCUUCUCCAGUGAGUGGUAGUGAUAUUUAUUCGGAGAGGGAGAGGGAGAGUGAAAGGGGUAGGAAAUGGGGAAGAUCGUCCCCAAGCAGGCAGCAAGUCCCCAGUCAACAAGGUCGUCUUCGAGAUAGAUUGAGUGGACUAAUACAAGACGAAAGCCGCGAGGAAAGAAUAAUAAAAGGUCCAGUGAUGAGAAAGGACAUUGUUCUGUCUAACGGUAUCAACUUUGCUGGUCCUAAAAGUUUAUCCCAACUAAAAGGCACCAAACAUACUGAUAGAAGGCAGGAGCAGUUGAAGAGCCAACAAACAGUUUCAGGGGGGAAGCUGAGAGACACAGUCUUAGCUAGUUCUAUUGGAACUGAAGGUGAUAUCUCAUUUGCAGGGCCCAGGCCAUUAAGUGAGAUUUUGAAGCGAAAAAGAACAUCUUCCACUGGGGGUACAACAAGUUCUGACGAUAAAGAAGAGAUAAAGCAUAAUGAAAAUGAUGUAAAUUUGACAAGCAGUGCUUCAAACUCUGCUGCGGAUACAGGGAAACAAGUCGCAUUCAACUCUGCAGACGAACAAGCCAAGGUGGUUGUAAAGAAUAAGCUUCUGGCUGUUGAGGCAGAUGAAGAAGAGGGUGAAAUUUCAAAUAAAAAUUCAAAGUUGAAUGGCGAAAGUGAAUCUUCCUCGCCCAAGAAUAAUAAUAAACACCCUGAAGCAGAAGAAGUUUUUGUUGUAGCUGAUGAAGCUGAUGGUGAGGAACAUGAAUUUGAUGAAGAGUAUGAUCACGGAGAUGGGGAAUAUGAAUAUGAACAGGAUGACGGAGAAGGGUAUCAGUUGAAUGAUGGUGAAACGGGUGACCAUGAAGAGGAAUUCAUGGAUGAGGAUGAUGGAGAUGAUUUGGCAAAGAAACUCGGUGUUUCUUUCUAAAAUAGAUACAAACUCCUGCUUUGAUCACUGAUGCUGUUUUCUAGUUAAGCUUAUUCAGAUCUCAAUCUAUUUUCCCAUGCAUUUUCUUCUAAUUGUAUUAUACUGUUCCAAAGGGAAAGUUUUCUGUUGUAUGGAGCGUUUAAAAGUUCCCCCUUUUUUCUGUAAACCACCAUAUCAUUGUAACAUUAGAGUUAUGAAAGAAAUUUUUAGUAGCUUGAUUACAUUUUACAAUAA